AUGUCGCACCCAACAGAAAGCCGCCUUCCUCGCUCCAACUCCUCAGCUUCCCUCCGCAGUAUCAACAAUGUUGUCACCUCGCCAGAAGUGGCCACCACCAAGAUCGCGCAGCGUACCAGUGUCUUGGGACCACAGCGCAAGACUGCCCUCCCGGUCGGCACCACCAAGCUCGCGCGCGCUGCCCAGUCCAAACGCAAGUCGUUCACCGGCGCGUCAACAGGUGUGGUGGGCCCGACUGCGCCAGAGGUCACCACGGCUGCCGCCCCACCGACACAGACACAAACAUGCGUCAAUCCCUCGGCCAGUGCUGCUUCUGUGUCGCAGAUCCCCCGCUCAGCCAUCCCGCGCCCUCCCACCAUGACCAACCUCGUCGCGGCUGCUGCUGCUGCUAGCACGACUGCGGCCACUACUGCGACCAAGCCCGCGUCGCAGCCGUCCACGAUCUCGACUGGCGUCAACGCGGCCACCCUCGCGGCACUCACCGGCACUGCAGCUGGCGGUGCGAGCACGCGCGUCCUGCGCAACAGGACGCUGUCGCGCCCAGCCUCCAUUGCCGUCAUGCCAUCGACCUCUGGCCUGCCCAGGUCUGCCAGCCAGCACAACCUUGGACUCAAGGCACCCGAUAAGGCGUCUAUCCCUCUCAAGCUCGAGAAGGACAAGCACAAGCACAAGCACAAGGUCGCCGACAAGGAGAAGGACAAGCCCCUCGUCGGUGCCAAGCGCGUCCCCUUGCCUGGACCCACACCUGCAGUCAAAGACGACUCGGCCAAGUCGGCCCUCCAUGGCAUUACCAAGCCUCGCCCCGUGAGCAUGAUCGAGAAGAGCCCCGUCCCCGGUGCGGGAGGUACAAAGGCCACGCCGCCUCUCGCCGCCUCGGGCCUGCGCGUUCCACUCCCCCGUAUCCAGCUCACCGACGACGCCGUGCGCAAUGUCGAGAGCCCCACUCCUCUGCCUGGCUCGCUCGCCGCGUCCAAGAACCGUACCAAGAGCGUCAGCCCACCACCGGCUCUUGUCCUCGGCCAACCCAAGCCAAUCCCGUCUCCAGCCCCAGCCCCGGCCACUGCCACCGCCACACCCGGCUCGACCAUCUCGUCCAAACUCAAGGUCAAGGCUGGCAUGACCCCAGCUCGGCCCGCGCGCGCGCUCCGCCGUAUCCUCCCCGAGACACCGGCGCUGCGCACUCUGCUCAACCGCGAACGUAACCGCCCCAGGCUGCCCAGCGUCGGAGGCGACGACGACGCGCGCCUCGACCAAAGCCUCCUCUCCAGCCUGACCGAGGCGGACAUUAGCCUCGCGUCCUCGACGUCCUUUAGCCAGCUCACCCCGCCCUCGCACCGCGCCGGACGCUCGAGCAUGGGCGGAAACACGUCCAGGGACCGCAGCUACCACGUCUUGGACCCCGACUCGUCCGUCGCGUCCCGCAGCAGCAACCGCAACGGGACGACGGACAACGGGGCUCACGCCGCGUCGUCGCACCAGGCGCACACGCUCCUCCGUGCCGAGCUGUCCACCGUCCAGGCCGAGCGUAAAGCGCUCGAGGCGCGCGUCGCGUCGUUGAUCCAGGAAGAAGAACGGCUGAAGGGUAUCGUGGACACGGCGAUGCGGGACCGGGAGCACGCCAUGGUCAUUGCCGAAGAGGCCGAGGCGCAGCGCGACACGUUACGCUGGGAGGGAGUGAUGGCCAGCGUCGAGGAAGGGAUGGAGGAGAACAUGGCUAUGAAGUCGACGAUUAGCGCCAUGCGCGCCCUUGUCGAGGUGUGGUAG